AUGCCGAAUUGUGACGGCGGCGAGGGCGACACGGACGGAGCAGGCGACAAAGGCGAAUCCGACGGCGGAGGCGGCGACGGCGACACGGACGGAGGCGGCGAAAGCGAGACCGAUGGCGGCGACGGCGACGGCAAGCGAGCUUGCUGCGGGGAGGGCGAGACGGAGGAAGGCAGCGGCGACGGCGACACGGACGGAGGCGGCGACGGCGACACGGACGGAGGCGGCGACGGCGACACGGACGGAGGCGGCGAAAGCGAGACCGAUGGCGGCGACGGCGACGGCAAGCGAGCUUGCUGCGGGGAGGGCGAGACGGAGGAAGGCAGCGGCGACGGCGACACGGACGGAGGCGGCGAAGGCGACACGACCGACGGCGGCGGGGAGAGCGAUUCCAACGGCGGCGGCGGCGACGGCGACAAGGACAGAGGCGGCGAAAGCGAGACCGACGGCGGCGACGGCGACGGCGACAUGGAGAGGCGGCAAAGGUGUGACGACGGCAGUGACGAGUUUGCGGCGCAGCCGCGCACGGGGUCCCGCCGUCAGCGGCCACACAGGCAAGAGCGGCACAUCAUGAGUCGGGGGGCCGACUUCCGGCACGAAGAGGCUCCAAUGCCGACGGCCUAUGCCCCGCUCGGCCGCGAGCGCGGAUCGCGCUCGUCGGCAUCCGUCCCAUCGUCGAUCGCGGGCCUGCUGAUCGCCGCCGGCCUGCUCCUGCUCCUCAACAGUGCGGCGUUUCCAUCAACCGCCGCGGCCGCCGCUGCCGACGACGAUUUUGACCAGCGGCUGCAGGCGCUGGAACGAGUGCUGCACAUCGACUCGGUGGCCGGCGGCGAGGGUGAUGUGGCGGACGCAACCUGCCACGCCCGCGCCAACACCGGCUACGCGGGCGACGGAGCGCUCGUCUGGGGUCUCGGCAAGCCAGGCUUCCACCUGGCUGGCGCGUCCGAGUGCUGCACCGCCUGCCAGGCGCACGCGCGCAUCUGCGGCGGCGCCGGCUCCGAGGGGAAGGAGUGGUGGCCCGCCGAAGCCAACGGCACCGCGAGCGCGCGCAAGCACGGCCGCCGGCCGGCGAUGCUCUGCGGAGGCGGGCAGAGGCGUGCGUGCCAGAUCUGGACCUUUUGCCCCUCGCCGCGCUGCUUCGCCUUUGACAUCCACGUGCACGAGUUUGGCGAGUGCUGGCUCAAGUUCCAGGCGGAGCGCCUGCCCGAGGCGCCCAAGGACCCGCACUUUGGCCACAGCACCUACCCCGAGCGGAUGCGACAAGCGCCGCGCCGGGACUGGCCGUGGGCGGUGAGCAUGGACGUGUGGCCAGACGCGAUGCCGCGGGAGGUGCCGUGGGUGUCGGGCGUGCUCGCGCCGGCGGGCGCGACCAUCGGCUGGGGGCGGCCCGACGACGCGUGGCGGGAGCGAUGGUGCCAAAAGCACGGGCCGUGCGAUGAGUGA